AUGUUUGCAUUCGGUGGCAGCAGCUCUCUCCUGGCUGGAAGACACGAUUCGACGCAGGAGCGGGCCCCGCCUGAGCUGCCCACGCCUGUGAAGUUUCCAAACUUCCAGCCCCCGGCCCACAAGCCCGUAGCAUGGGCGAAGGACGGCGAUCCUCCGGCCCUGUUGCAGCACUUCGCACGGAUCAAGAAGCCCUCUGAUAUCACCGUUGACCAGUUCCUCGGUUUAAACAUCUCCCUAGAGCCCGAGACCAGCAUCGAGGACUUGCUCGCUAUUUUGCCCGGGGUCACCUCGUACGCAGUCCCUCAGGAUUGGACAGAACUUCCGCCCGAUGGUGCCCCUGUUCAGGCUCCAGUGCAGCAAGCGGAAGGCCCAAAGCGCCUCUUGAGCAAUGGCAGGCCCUAUCCUGGUCGGGAGGAUUUUGCCAUACGCCUCAGGGAGCUACUGCUCGACAAUCAUGACGCUUUCUCCGCUCUGACGCGUACUCCCCAGAACAAGGAGAAGAAGCCGCCACGUCUGGCCCACUAUCGAAAGUUCUGGGAGGGCCUCGACAACAUGGCCUACUACUGGGACACUAGUCUGGACGAGUACAUCCCUCCCAAACACGCAGAGGAGCCCAGCCAGACCGAGGCCGCCGAUGCGGCCGAGACCUCCGGAGACAAGACGUCAGACGCCGUUGAGUCUAAGGAGGCAGCGCGGCUCGAGGCUACGCACAUAGAUGAGUCCGUAGCCCGUAAGAAGGCCAAGACCGCGCCAUCCGCCUCCUCCGGAACUGAGCCCAGCAGCAACACCACCACUGCGGCCUCGGACCAGUCUCAGCCCAUCAACCUUGCCCAACGCCCAGCCACCACGCCAGCCAAGCUAGAAGCCACCAGGCCGGCGCCCAGCGCGCCUAACAACGGCGGCGGCAGCAGCAACAGGCCCGCCGGCACGUACAAGGGCCUCCGCAUCGGCACGGGCAGCGGCAUGCCGGACGGUUACCGCGUCGACACGGUGCGCUCCUUCGUCGAGCCCGUGGCGUGGUGCUUCGGGAUGAACAUCGCGCCGCACCGCCGGCCGCCGGCCCUGCAGAUCCGCAACCUGCGCGUGCCCGUUCGUGUCAGCGCCGCCGUCUGGCGCAGCAGCACCGACCGCAUGAAGGCGCGUCAGGGCUUCGUCCACGGACCCGCCGCCGGCAUGCGCGUCGCCGACUACGUUGACUUCGGCGGCAAUGGUAAGGUGCCCGGCAGCAGUGGAGAUAGCCAGCACGAGGCGUUGCUGGACAUUAUGCGUGAGAUCGGAUCGUUGCUGUAUAUCGCUCAGGAACGCACUCGCGAGGGCCGCACCGAGCAGAAGCCCGGCGAGGGUAAGUGGUGGACCACCGUUCCCAGGUGGGGAGGUGGCAAAGGUGGCGAGGUCGGCGAGGCUCGUGGUGAAGACAGCGGCGAAUCUGCGCCUAAAUCUGACAAGGAGGAGAGGCCCAGUCGUAGUGGCAGGAGGCCGACGAAGAAGAAGACGGCCGCCGAGAUCUGGGCGGAGAUCAAGCCUGGCAUCGGGUACUGGGAUCCCAAGGUCGAGUACGAGGCCAUCGGGAAGGACAGGAGCUCGGAAUGGGACGAUGUUUUCAGCGUCUCUUCGGUAAACACGCACAUGGCUCUGCUCCAUCUGCGCGUCCACCCAGCAUACGUCUCAUGGAUUGAGACAGGUGAGCUGCCAUCCCCGCUUCCGGCUGAUGAGGACUGGUGUCGGCCGGUACUUCGCCGUUCCCGUUGGUAUGACUUCUUCAACACGGAGGACCGUAUCGAGGCUACAAAAGGCCUUUGGAUGCUGUUCGGAUGGAUGGCCCGUCCGCAAGAGGUGCUAGGGGAGAACGGCGUCAAGAAGGGAGAAGACGUCGUCAUGAAGGAUGCGUGA